AUGAAUGAACCACAAAAAGAAUGGACAAACAAAAGUAUCAUAACAGAGAUCAAUGACAGAAACUUGAUGUGGACAGAACUACAGAACAACCCAGAAAGAGAAGACCUGAGAGAAAAGUUUAUCACCAAAAGACAUAAAAUAAUGAAGUUGAUACGGGAAACAAAGAAUUCAUAUUAUAAGAAGGAAUUCGACAAAUACAGUGGAAAGCCCAAAAAGCUAUGGAAUUUACUCAAUAUCCUUACAAAUAAUAAAUUUAAACAAAGAUGCGCUCCUCCCAAACUUAUUGUUAAUUCAAUAGAAGUUACUGAUCCUCAUGAGAUAUGCAAUAUAUUUAAUAAAUUUUUCGCUACUAUAGGGCCAUAUUUAGCUGACGAAAUACCUAUUCAGUUCCAUGUAAAUUAA